AUGCGCAUCGGGGUAGAGGAGACGCUGGGAGCCCUGAACUCGGCCUUGGGGGCUGGCGGCCCCGUGUGGUUCAAGGAGACGCACGCCCGCCACCUGCGUGCCCGAGACUUCUUGGCACCGCGUCGCGCACUGCAGGCGCGCUUUGGGGACGACCAGGUGCCCGAGGGCGUGGUUCACGCCCUCGUUGGCCUACAGGGUCCCGGCGUGGCCCCGGUGCAGCGUUGCGCGCCGACCCCCGCGGGGCUGGCGCUUCAGCUGCAGCGGUCCGCGGUUUUCGAGCGCGUGCUCUGUUCCGUGGCCGCCUAUAUCGAGCCCGCCGCCCUCACCGCCCCUACCCCGCGCGUCGUUCUGCACUGCCCGGCGCUGCGCGGCAGCCCUAGCGCCCUCCGCCUGAGCCAGCUCCGUGCCGUGCUCGUGGCGGACCACCUGGCGCGAGUUCUGCAAGCUCACAGGGUGAGUGUGCGCCGAGUCCCCGCUGUGCGGGACCCGCACAUGCCGACCUUCCUGCAGCAACUGCGGGUGGACUGGCCCGCGGUCUCAGAGAAAGCCACGACGGAAGCCCUGAGGAAUCGCACGAUUGCAGAGCUCUCCCCUGCCCGUGAUGCUGGAGCCCUGCCCCCUGACACCCUUGGUCGAGUGUGCCUGAAGGAACUGAUGGAGGAACGGGGACGAAUAGCUGGCUAUGACCCCAGUGUGGACAGCUGUCUGGUGUCAGAGGAUCUGCUCUCUCUGCUGGCCGAGCUGCAGGAGGCUGCUGCGGCCCCAGAUGCUGGUGCAGGUAGCUACAUGGUCCUACACGUAGUGAGCUGUGAGGAGGAGUUCCAGCAACAAAAGUUGGACCUGCUUUGGUGGAAGUUGGAUCAUCAGGCUCCUCUCAGACAGAAGCACCUGGUCUGUGGCCCAGUGAAAGCAGCUGGUGCGCCCAGCACCCUGACUGCCCCCGAGUACUACGAGCUCCGGCACGCCCAGGUGUGCAAGGCGUCAGCAGUGAAGCAUGGCAGGGACCUGGAACAAGACCCAGCCUGGACGGAAAUCUUCAGCGUUCUCUCUGUGGCGACCAUUAAAUUUGAGAUGCUCAGCACAGCCCCCCAGAGUCAGCUUCUCCUGGCCCUGGCUGACAGCAGCAUUUCCACCAAGGGCAGCAAAAGUGGCACCUUUGUCAUGUAUAAUUGUGCACGUCUCGCCACCCUCUUUGAGGGUUACAAGUGCAGCGUGGAACAAGGUCUGUACCCCACCUUCCCGCCUGUGAGCAGUCUAGACUUCUCCCUGCUGCGUGAGGAGGGUGAGUGGUUGCUACUCUUCAACAGCAUCCUCCCCUUCCCAGACCUGCUGAGGCAGACAGCAGCCCUGACCCAGACCUGCGCUGCCCCAGGGCUUCAGGCCACUGCGCGCACAGAGAUGGUAUGCAAGUUCCUGGUACAGCUCAGCAUGGACUUUAGCUCAUACUAUAACCGGGUACACAUCCUAGGGGAGCCGCAGCCGCACUUGUUCGGUCAGAUGUUUGCCCGUCUGCAGCUUCUGCGGGCCGUGCGAGAAGUGCUCCAUACUGGGCUGGCCAUGCUGGGUCUCCCUCCGCUGAGUCACAUUUAA